AUGGCCGCCCCGCCGCCGCCCCCGCCGGGAAGGACACCGGAAGGAGCGCUCGCUGUGGCGCUCCGGCGGGAAACCGCGGCGCCGGGAGCGCCCCCGCUGCCCCUUCCCGCCUCCAGCACUCGCCUUCCGGCGCGGCGGCCGCGGUGCUCCGGAAGCGGGUCCAGCCGGAUCCAGAUAGAGGGCGCGCCCCGGCGCCAUCUUGGCGUGCAGGAGGAGGAGGAGGAGGAUGGCGAGCGCUCGCUGGAGAGCAAGCGGCUCCGCGGGCAGCGGCGGCUCCUGGUCGUGCUGGAGGGGGCGAGUCUGGAGACCGUGAAGGUGGGGAAGACGUUCGAGCUGCUUAACUGCGACAAGCACAAGGCGCUGCUGCUCCGCAACGGCCGCGACCCCGGGGAGGUGCGGCCCGACAUCACGCACCAGAGUCUCCUGAUGCUCAUGGACAGCCCCCUGAAUCGGGCUGGGCUCCUGCAGGUUUAUAUCCAUACCAAGAAGAAUGUUCUCAUUGAAGUCAAUCCCCAGACAAGAAUCCCAAGAACUUUUGAUCGAUUCUGUGGUCUUAUGGUUCAGCUGCUGCAUAAGCUCAGUGUUAGAGCAGCUGAUGGGCCUCAGAAACUGCUGAAGGUGAUUAAAAAUCCAGUCAGCGACCAUCUGCCCGUGGGCUGCAUGAAGAUUGGUACCUCCUUUGCAGUGUCACAGGUGUCAGACCUGCGUGAGCUGGUUCCUGCAGCAGAGCCGGUUGUCAUUGUGGUGGGAGCUUUUGCCCACGGGUCGGUCAAUGUUGACUACACAGAAAAGAUGGUCUCAAUCAGCAACUAUCCCCUUUCUGCUGCCCUGACGUGUGCUAAGAUUACUACUGCCUUUGAGGAGGUGUGGGGAGUAGUAUGAGCUUCUGCUGCUACUGCUGUCAUGAUGGACUUGUAUACAGUGACUUCACGUUCUGGAAAGGCUCUUUAACUUGGGUGUGGACCUGGUGCAACUUUGGGCUCCUGGAAAACACUUCAACUUCAUCCUUGUAGCUUCUGAAGCAAUGAGACUUUAAACGGACUGCCCCACUGACCCUUUUUCCUAUUAAAAGUACCUUUUUAGAUUAAAAAGCACGAGUGAAUUUUACUCUCUCAUGUGUCAUAUGUGGGCUGGCUGGAUCCCCUUAUAGCAGGGACGUGGCCCAGAUUUGUCACAGAACUGGAAUUCUUAGCUGUGCCCUGCUCACCCUGGU